ACGAAGAAUGUGACCAUAAAAAAACAUGUCGGCACUGAAGUUUGUGAGAUCUGUCUGGGAAUCAUUCCGAGCAUCUUCCGGGCUGGAACCCAGAUUGCUCGAUGGUCUCCGCGUCACCAACGCCGUCCCCGGGCGCGUAUCCUUCGAGCUCGAAAUCAAAAAGGAGCACACGAAUCGUCUGAACAUACUUCACGGCGGUACCAUAGCCAGCAUGGUCGACCUCGGCGGCUCCCUAGCCGUCGCCUCGCGCGGCCUCUUCGCCACGGGCGUCUCCACCGACCUCAACGUAACCUACCUCUCCUCGGGCGGCAAGGUCGGCGACCUCGUCCGCGCAGAGGUAACCUGCGACAAGUUCGGCAAAACCCUAGCCUUCACCUCGAUCCAAUUCCGCAAUGCCCAGGACGAAGUCUUCGCCCGGGGCAGCCAUACAAAGUACAUCUCGCUCGCGUGGAAGGAUCCCAACAACAUCACCGCGGAGUUGAGUCCGCGGGCGGAAGGGAAGAAGGAGUGACCGAGUGACUGAGGGACGAACGGCACUGUCUGGGGCAUCUAAGUAUCAUUCGAAUGACACGGAGAAGGGCAUCCAUGUACAUAGACGCACAAGGGAGCUCUAAGAGCAUGCAUAGCCUGGCAACAUCACAAUUCAAAUAAAAUCAAACGUCA